UUUGUGCAAAGGAGAAGCUGAACCCUCUUGAGUUUGUGCAUUGGCAUUACCAGACCAAGUUUGCAAUUCAAUGCUGGAACACUCCAUUUAAAGUGUUACGUGCCGGCACAUACUGGAAGAAGUCCGGCGUAGACGAACCCCACUUCAUUCCAAACCCUGAAUGGCGUCGAAAAAGAGGGCGUCCAGUCAACCAGCGCUUCAGGAACGAGAUGGAUCAGGAAUACAGGGAAGAUCCGAGUCCUAACUGGUGUAGUAGAUGUUGUCGCCGGGGUCACAAUGCAAAUGAUUGUACCAAUCCUAUCCGAGAUGAGUAGAUUAUGACUGUUAUCGUGUAAUAGACAGGAAGUAGUUAUGACUGUUAUUGUAUUUGUGAUGACUGUUAUUGUAUUUGUGAUGAUUGUUAUUGUUUUAAUGAAUGUUACUUUAGUAAUGUAUUAUUCUUUUGAAUCUCCUUUUAGUAAUUCUUGCGAAUAUCAUUCACUAAUGUAUUAUUCUUAUGAAUGUUUGUUGUAAUUUUUAAUAACUGUUGUAUGUAUUUUUUAUUUCAGCUAUGGCUGAACGUCGGGACUACUACACUCCUGGGCCGUUGGUCCCAGACGUUCUGACAAUGCAGGACGAUCACAGAUCCUCGGUUAUUUGGGAUAACCAGGGCGACGAGUCUUCCUUAGGGUCACGUUCGAGCGCCAGACUUACUCCAUUUCACGAGCUAGAUUCUCGCAUCAGGAAUGGGAUUAUUCAGACUGGCAUGUCUGGUUUUCUAGCGAUGCGCCAGUUUCCAGUUGACUUGUGCCUUAUCACAGCUCUUGUGGAGAGGUGGAGACCAGAGACACACACGUUUUGGUUUCCAGAGGGCGAGUGUACUAUCACGCUGCAGGACGUGGCCAUCCUGACAGGGCUCCCAGUGGAUGGGACGCCCGUUACCGGACCUCGUAUACGGGAUUGGAACACGGUGUCUGUUCCUCUUUUAGGGAGGCAGUUAGAGGUCAGCCGUCCCCGUAAACCGGGGUCCUCGUGGGUUAGUGGUGCUUGGUUGUCAGCCCAGUUUGGUGGUUGGACGGUAUUGCCUGCGGGUGCUACAGAGGAUCAGGUCGACCAGGCGGUUCGAGGCUACCUUUGGGCUGCUUUACAGGGUCUGUGCUUUCCGGACUUGAACAGUGGCCACUUGGGCGUGAGGAUUCUUCCGCAUCUGGCGGAUUUAGGCCACUUGCGCGAUAUUAGCUGGGGAUCGGCUGUUCUGGCGUAUUUGUACCACGAGCUAUGCCUCUGCGCCUCUGCUUCGGCGGACAGACAGAACAUCGGGGGCGCCGUGUGGAUUCUACAGCUCUGGGCUUACGAGCGACUUAGGCCAUUGCGACCCCGUUUGGCCGACUUUACCGUCACAGGGGGAUUGCCUUUGGGUGACAGAUGGGCGGGUCCCAGACAGCGGGAGCGGGGGACACCACGAGUUCCCAGACACUCAGUUUCUCACUUCAGACUGUUAUUGGACGGGCUGCGUUACGACGAUGUAAGUUUUAAUUUUUUUUUUGAAUUUAACUAA